AUGUUUGGCCAAUCUGCCUCCAACCCCUCCAAGCAGGGUGCCCAAUUCACCUCGAGUCAAGCUGGCACGAUGCUAGACCAGGACUCCUCGGCGGCCGAGUUCAGAUCCUCCAACGAGAAACAAAACGAAGAAAUGACGGGCGAGGCUAUCACCGGCGAGGCGACUGGUGUAAAGAAAGCCGAAGCUGUGGUUCUUGCAUGGAGCAAGAACACCGUGUGGGCAAUUUACGCAUGGAUUUGGCUUUGCUUUUUUAUGUUGGCCUUCCAUUCCUCGAUCGGGCUAAACGUUAUCGUCAAUGCAUACGCGAAUUUCAACACCGCCCCUGAAAUUUCAACUGCCGCCAUCCUCGCCACUGUUGUCGGUGGAGUGGUGAAAUUGCCUAUUGCCAAGAUUCUGAAUAUCUGGGGUCGAGCUGAAGCCCUCACAAUUUUCACCUGCAUUUUUCUGCUGGGCAUCAUCAUAUUAGCGGCAUGCGAUGGACCAGAUGGAUUUGCGGCAGGUUAUGUUCUGUAUUGGGUUGGUUACAACGCAAUCUUCUUGAUCCUCGAUGUUUUCAUCGCCGAUACAUCAGGCUUGAAGAACCGAGCGUUUGCGUUCGCUUUUGUUAGCACACCCUUCAUUUGUACGGCUUUCACCGGUCCACUGGCAGCCCAGUCUUUCUUGAGCAUGACCACUUGGCGUUGGGCAUAUGGCGCAUUUGCGAUCAUUUUCCCAUGUGCUCUCUUGCCUCUCGCUGUUGUAUUCAAAUUCUACGAGAAAAAGGCCCAGAAAAAGGGACUUUAUCAAAAGGUCAAAUCGGAUCGGACUUGGACUCAGUCAGUUGUGCAUUACACACAUGAAUUUGAUGUGAUUGGCGCCCUUCUUUUGAUGGCCACGUUUAUCUUGUUGUUGCUUCCGUUCAGUCUGGCGACCUACGGAAGAGCUCAAUAUGGAUCCGCUACCUUCAUCGCUAUGCUGGUGAUUGGAUUCUGCCUAUUCUUCGUCUUUGUCGCAUGGGAGAAAUUCUUCGCCCGCAAGCAAUUUAUCCAGUAUGAUCUACUCAAACAGCGAACUGUCCUCGGUGCAUGCGUAUUAUCUGCUGUUUUGAAUCUUGGCUAUGCUGCUUGGGAUCUCUAUUUCCUCAACUUUGUCAUGGUCGUGUAUGAUCUCAGUGUUUCAGACGCUGGGUACAUGAACCAGAUAUACAACAUCGGAUCGUGCUUCUGUGCUCCGCUGUUUGGUCUCUAUAUUCGACAGACAAAGCAUUUCAAAAAUGCUUGCCUUUUCUUUGCUCUUCCCUUGAUGAUUCUCGGAUCUGGCCUGAUGGUUCAUUUCCGUGGAGAGGGUGACGGUAUCGGAUACAUUGUCAUGUGUCAAAUCUUCAUUGCUUUUGCUGGCGGUAUGUUGGUCAUCGGACAAGACAUGGCAGUGAUGGCUGCAGCGGAUCAUGAUGGAGUGCCCAUGAUGCUUUCAAUUCUUGGACUUUUUGCCAGUCUGGGUGGAGCUGCUGGAAACACCGUUGCCUCUGCUAUUUACGCCAAUGUCUUUCCUAGUACGUUGGUCUCAAACCUUCCCGCGGAGGCGAAGGCCGAUUGGAUGGAUAUCUAUCUUGGUGGAUACCUCACUCAGAUGACCUAUCCUAUGGGAUCAGAGAUUCGAACCGCCAUCAACCUUUCCUGGGGAGAUACCCAAAAGUACAGCUGCAUUGCAACCACGGCGGUUGUAGCAUUGGGCCUGCCCUGUAUUGCCAUUUGGAGAAAUGUGAAUGUCGACAAGAAGCAGGUCCCCGGAACUGUGUUUUAA